UCCUCUUUCUCUUCCAUUGUGCCAGUUUGUGUGUGUGUGGACGGAGACUCUUCACACAGAGCACAGACCUGAAAAAGAAGAAGAAGGAGGAGAAUUUGUCCUGUAACGAGGAGAGAGGGUUGGACGAGCGUUGGACGAGCGUUGUGAUGUUGAGCUCUUUCUAUUGAUGACAUCACCAACUUUGGCCCGACCCCCACAUCAUGGCUGACAAACAGCCUGCUCCCUCCACUUCUUCACCUCCUCAUCAGAACGGAAAGAUUGGAGAGAAGGUGCCUAAACGUUCUUCACCUUCUCAUCAGAAUGGACAUCUGGACAGAGGACGGAGACGUCAGAGUCCCGGUACCAUGAGUCCUGUUCUUCAGCCUCCCUCUGCAUCCAGUACCCCAGCCUCCACCUCACCCGUCAGGUGUCUUGUGAGUCCUGUACCAGGGUCUGGCCCUGAGGGCAGGUCCAGCUCCUCCAGACCUCGCACUCAGAGUCCCGCUUCUGCUCUGACCUCCAGGACCAGAACCUGCGCUCCUCAUAUUCAGCGCAGGAGCAGCCAGCAGGAGGAGCCAGAGGCCUUGUUGAACCUGAUCCUGGAGUCUCAGGGUCAGAGACUGGACGACCAGAGAGCCAACGUUGGUCUCUUGCCUGAUCCAGGACCAGCUCCUCUGUGUGGAGCCUGCCGCCAUGAACAGCGCCCCCUGCCCACUGUGGACUUCUACUACAUGUUAAUUAACUUCCAGUCAGACAGGAUGGAGGACCAGCGGUGCCCCCUCCCUGACCUGGAUGACCUGGUGGGAUCAGCUCCAGAGGGUCAGGAGGAUUUCUUCAGUCUGAUCCAGAGAGUCCAGUCCAGGAGGAUGGAUGAGCAGAGGGCGUCGCUGAUGACAUCACACACUGAGGAUGAGGAUGACUCCUCCCCCCAUCGCCAUCAUCACUGAUGAAGAUCGAGACCUGAGAGCACAGAAAAAAGGUUUUACUGAAACCAGGUUCCAAACUGUGCUGAUAUGUUUAGAUCUGUGGCCAGGCUCCAGGUCUAGGAUCUGGUUCUGACUCCAGGACGGACCAGUUUAAUAACUUGGGUCAUGAUCUGUUAGGUAGACCACACCUGCAUCAACUAUACAAGGACCAGGAACAGUACCAGGACCAGGAACAGUACCAAUACCGGAAACCAAUACCAGGACCAGGACCUCAACCAGGACUAGGACCGAAUCAGGGUCUCUCAGGUUCUGAGAAGCUACAGGAUCCUGUGGUGUAAAUUCACUGAAAAAAACCUGACAACACAACUUUUAAAGUUAAGUUUAUUCUGUCAAGGAGAAAAAAAUUAUCAUGAGCUGAAACCUUGGGGUCUUUGACUUGGACCUGGAUCUUGUUCUGUUUCUGGUCCUGGACCUGGACCUGGUCCUGGUCCUGGUCCUGGUCCUGGUUCUGGUCUAGCUCUACCUGUACUUGUGUCUUUUAGUUCUUAAACUGUAACAUCAAGAAACUGUCUUGUGUUGGAUUGUUAUUUGAAAUAUUUAUUAACAACGUGUCAGAGUCUCAAUCAAUAAAUUAUCAUGUUAUCUUCAACAACAUGACAAAGUGAUCAUUUGUAAAUUGAAUAAAAUUUGAUUCUCCAAUGAAUAAAAAUGAAAUGGUCAGAUUUAAAAAAAUGAAUAACACGCUCAGGUGACAUUUGAGGAAUAAAAAGACUAAAAGGUUAAAAGUCAAAUAGACAGAAAAAGAUUCUCCUUCAUUACGUUAGCGGUACCUACUGUGUUGGGUGUUCCUGAAGGUAUUGCAUUACAAGGUGGAUGCAUGGAGUAGACGAAGCAAGUUCCUAUUCCAUCCCCCUAUUCCAAAAAUCUAUUUAAUAAAGGUUCUUCAUUUUCUUCUUUGUUCGGUGUAUUGGCAGGUGGCAACCGACGUUAAGGUGCAUCACCACCGCUCCACUGUGUUGGAGUGUGAAUCACAGUUCUCCAGAUCAUGUUAAAUUCUUCUGUCUGAUCCUGUCUCCCACAGAUAAUGAAGCAUUCUCUCCGUUCCAAUGAUAAAAGUUCUCCAUGUUUGUAGUUUCUCUCUUUGUCUUUUCUCCUUCUCUAACAUGCUUAUCACAGUGAAGCAUCACAGGCUCCACUGACUCCUCUGUUUGUCAGUGACCAUCCUGUAGGAUGUGUGUUUAUUAUUGAGUGUAGUGUGUCCUUGGCCUAUAGUCACCAUGUUCUGCUUCUUGUUGUUUCCUCACUUCCUGUUGUAUAAAGCUGUUUCCUGUGUGAGCUGCAUCCAGCUGCCAUUCUUUGAUGAUGUUUCCUUAUUGUUUCUGCUUCAGAUUUACUGAGUGAAAUGUCCAUGACUUCUUCAUGAUUCAGUUCUUAGAUAAUAAAUCCACCUUCAUUGCUCUUUA